AUGCCGGGUGCUUGGCUGCCGCUGCUGCUGGCGGGGGGCCUCGCCCUGAGCGCUAGCGGGGACCCCGCGGCCCUGCUGCGGCGCGGCAACGAUGCCAGCGGGCGAUGUACCUACAGCUUCACGGUAGCCAGCCCCGGCGAGGCCAGCUGCCCCGAGGCUGGCGGCGUAGCCCAGCUGCGCGAGGAGCUGGCCGCGCUCACCGCCCGUCUGAACCGCCUGGAGGGAGCGGGAGGUUUGGGGGGCUCGGGGCCGAGGGGGGCUGAUGUGAGUGGCGUGUGGUCGCGAGGCCCUCAGCGAGCGGCCCCGGGGGGCUGCGAGGAGCUGCAGCGGGCCAAGGAGCGGCUGGAGGAGGAGAAGGGGAGGUUGGAGAGGGAGAAAGAGGAGCUGGGCCGGCGGCUGGAGAGCAGCGCCCAGGAGAUCGCCCGGCUCAGAGCCACCCGCUGCCCCUCCGGCACAGGCGGGGUGCCUGGCCGCGACGCCCCGCGCUCUGCCAGCAAAGCCUCCAGGUGGGAACCGGAGCCCCUCAGCUACCAGGAGCUGAAGUCGGAGAGGACGGAGCUCCCUGCAUCUCGGCUGCUGGAGGAGACGGCGCUCGGCCGCCCGCGAGCUGAGGACUCGGGCUGCGGCGAGCUGGCAUGGGUGGGGGAGCCGGUGGUGCUGGGCCGGGCCGACACCAUUGCCGGCAAAUACGGGGUGUGGAUGAAGGACCCCGAGCCCGUGGCGCCCUUCACGCGGGAGACCACAUGGCGCGUGGACACGGUGGGCACGGAGGUGCGCCAGCUCUUCCAGUACGAGGCGGCCGAGCAGCUGGCCCGUGGCUAUCCCGCCAAGGUGCACGUCCUGCCACGGCCCCUGGAGAGCACCGGGGCUGUCGUCUAUCGUGGCGGGCUCUUCUUCCAGCCGCGCCGCUCCCGCGCGCUGGCUCGCUACGACCUGCGGGCUGAGGCCAUCUCUGCCGAGCGGGAGCUGCCUGGUGCUGGCUACCAUGGGCAGUAUCCCUACUCGUGGGGUGGCUACACUGACAUCGACCUGGCGGUGGAUGAGACCGGGCUGUGGGUGGUGUACAGUACCGAGAAGGCCAAGGGAGCCAUCGUCCUCUCCAAGCUGGACCCUGAGACGCUGGAGAUCCGGCGCACCUGGGAGACCAACAUCCGCAAGCAGUCGGUGGCCAACUCCUUCAUCAUCUGCGGGACUCUGUACACUGUCAGUAGCUACUCUGCACCCAAUGCCACCGUCAACUUUGCCUACGACACGACCACCAGUACCAGCCGCAGCCUCAGCAUCCCCUUCGAGAACCGCUUCCAGUACCUCAGCAUGGUGGACUACAACCCGGCGGAGCGGCGGCUCUUUGCCUGGGACAGCUACAACAUGGUGGCCUACCCUGUGCGCCUUGCCCACGCCUGAGCGCCGACCGGCCCCCGGCCUCCUGCUGACGCCUCCUGCGAAGAAAUCCCUUUGUGCUCCAUGAAACAAAGCGCUUCUCCAGGGCUGAGCUGUGCCGGUGGACACGUCCCUGUCUGGCCUUUGUGGGUCUGAGUGGGUGCUGGUGGUUCCCAACCCUGCGCCAGCAUCCUCCCAGCCCAGAGCUGGGAGCGGGCAGGGCUCAGAUGGGCAGGCUGCUGGCUGCCUUCCUGCUGGGACAGUGGGACUGGUGAGGGGGCACCUUCAGCCAUGCUGGCCCUCUGUUGCCCAGGAUCCCCUGCACUGCCCCUAUCCCAUCUGGCCUCUUCUCACCUCGCCUCGCCAGCAGCUUUCUCCCAUGCUGCUUUCAGAGCCCACAGUUAUCACUAUUUAUUGUAGAAAGGCUGUAGGAGUCUUGCUACCCCCUCAGCUUGGGGAGACGCUCCAAUAAAUGCUGCAGUACUAAAUCAGAA